AUGGUCGGGCCCGACCGCCUGUCCGACCUCCCCGACGACCUUCUCCUGCGGAUCCUCCACUACGCCCCGGCCAAGGAGGCGGCCUCCACAGUCGCGCUCUCGCGGCGAUGGCGCUCGCCGCUCUGGUGCUCCUCUGGCGCCGUGAACCUCGAGACGGUUGUCGAGGAAUACGUUCCCCGCGGCUGGGGGUACGAAGACAAACGCGAAGAAUUUGACGAGGCCCUCUUCCUCUCCCGGCGAGAUGCCUUCGUCUCCGCCGCCGAGGCGGCACUUGACGCCGCCGACGUCCCCAUCACCAGGCUUACCCUGCGCUUCAACUUCAUGGGUAGCUACGGAUAUAGCGUAGUAAAGUUUCUGCACUAUGACCGCGAUGAGUCCCGGCCGCCGGACCGAGGUGGGUCCCGGUCGCCCGACCCAGAAGGCUCCCGGUCGCCGGAUCGAGAUGGGUCACGGUCGCCUGACCCCGAAGGCUCCCGGUCGUCGGAUGACGAGUCCGACGACCGAGAUUGGUCGUCGGACGAAGAAGGGUCCCUCUCUCCGGAUCAAGACAGGUCAGUCUCGCCGGACCGAGACUGGUCACAGCCGCCGGACCCAGACGUGCUCGGCAAGUUGCUCUCCCACGAGACGGUCCACCGUGUCGAGGAGCUCCGGUUCGUCGCGAAUGAGUGCAGAUGUGACAUGUAUGCCUACGACGAUGACGACAAAAUCUCCUCCAGCUCUGGGUCGGAAGGCAUCUUGAGCCUCAGCCUCUACUCGCUGCCGUCGGUGGCCCUCCGUGUGCUUGAACUCACCGGCUGCAAUAACUUCGUUACGCUUCUGCGGGCAGCCAGGUUAGCGUUCCCGUGGCUCCAGUCGCUGCGGCUGCGCCAUUGUACCGUGCAGGUCGACGCUCUGCAGAGCCUCAUCGAUGCUGCGGCAGUGCUUACCGCAGUUCACUUUGAGUUUGUCAUGAUCGAACAACUCAACAACGAGAUGACCCUCCGCUGCCCGACAGCAACCCUGAUCGUGCUGAAGGGGUGCAAUUGGAAGGAGAACGAUAAUCCAUGGUGGGUCCACAACAAACCCGAGGAGCCCAUGGUGAUUGAUGCGCCGAGGCUGCGGCGCUUCAGGUACAAGGGGCUUCUCCGGCCGUUCUCGCUGAGUCCGCAGCCACUGGACUUAGCUCAGGGGGACCUGCAUUUUGUCCUGCGCCGUGGCAGAGAUGGAAAGGAAGUUUGGUGCCACAACGGCGAGGGUCCACGCCGUGGCGAGCUCGACCUCGAGGUCUUCUGGCAAUUCCUUCAGAGUUUUAGCACCGCCAAGGAUCUAAAGCUGAGGUUGAACGCGCUCGAGCACAUCGCCGUUCUAAGCAAGCCCAUGCGCCUCAAGCUCCUGCCAACAUUCCGCUGCCUCGAGCGCCUGGAGCUGCAUGGAUUGCACAGGCCCCAAGGCAUGACCGCGGCUGUGGCGGUCGCGAAUCUGCUCCGCUCCUGCCCCGUGCUCCGUGACCUCCGCAUCAACCUCACCUUGGCAUGCCACGAUCAAGUGUAUAGGUCUUGCGAACGCCGAUUCCAGCGAAGAAAAUUCCGGUCUGACCGCGACAAGUCCAUCCAUCUUGUCAACUGCAGCCGCAAUUCUCCGAACACAUACUACGACGACACUAGGUGUGGCGAGGCCUCUGAGAUCCCUGCCUUGAGUCGGUGCUCGUUCAACUGCUUGCAGAGCACCAUGAAGAGAGUGGGUCUACAGUUCCGGCUAGACGAUGUAAACUGCUUUGGUGUCAAGCUGGUCAAAUUCUUCGCCGAGAACGCGAUGGUUCUUGAAGAAAUGUGUAUCGACGGAGGAAAUGAGAAGUUGGGCGAGCACAUGACUCGCAAGGUUGAAAGAUGGAUUUGUAAUUCAUCUAUCAAGAGAAAGCCCGGAGCAUCAAGCUUUGUGGUCGUGCCCAUUAGGAGAUGA